AGUUUCCUGUUUCUUUACAGAGAUCUCGCAACACUGACUUUAGCAAGUGUUGUUUUGUUUCGGUAGUGAGGACCACGUUUCUGUAAUAAUGUGACGCGUAAUUAACAAGUUAGUGGUUACGUAACAAUAUUUUACUACAGUUGACAAUGGAGUCACUGAAGUUUAAUGUUGGACAAAACAAUUCAGCAGCGUCGGCCACGGAGACAAAGGCCAAGCUGGUGUGCGCAGCAUACAACCAGAACUACACCUGUGAGUCGGGUCACUGCUGUGGAGAAGCGGCGUGCUGCAGUUACUACUAUGAACUGUGGUGGUUCUGGUUGGUGUGGGCUCUAAUCGUUAUACUGUCACUCUGCUGUGUGUGUCAGCACUGGCGCUCCAAACAGCGCUUUCAGCAGAUGCGCCGGCAGAAUGAGAUUAACCUCAUUGCCUACAGAGAAGCUCACAGCAACUCAGAGCUGCCACUCUUCCUCAGGUUCUUACCCACCUACUUGCUGCCAGCUUAUGAAGAGGUCGGUGACCGCCCGGCCACACCACCUCCUCCCUACUCCCCUCUUGAGUCAGCACCUCAACCAGCAGACCUGCCUGAAGAAUUUACUUGCCCCUACUCAGCUAUUUCCAUCCCCAGUGAUACUGAUGCUUCUACUCCAGAGAUCACGCAGAUCCACCUUCGGAGUGCCUUUACUCCCACCAAGGACUCCAUGCAAGGCAGGUACCGACACAUCACUGGGGAUUCUGGGAUUGUAGUGUGUGAUGACCAGCAGCUCUGGGAUCAGCAUGGCUUUUUAGAAAGCGAAGAGGAGGGAGAGGAAGAAGCAGCAGGGCGCUUGGUGGCGGACCUGCACCAUCUCUAAAAUUAGGAACUUUGAAAACAAAAAUGGAGCUGUCCAACCAGAUCUGCCUUUAAGCUAGCUUGCAGUGAUGUCAUAAUUUUAGCUUCAGUUCUCAGGGAUAUGGUCUGUUAGUUGAACACAGACCUGGAGAUGAUACAAGUCACACAACUUAUAAGUUUCUUUCUUCAGCUUGUGGUUUGAAAUAAAGCCUACACAAAGCUCUCCUGCAAAUAUUGAAGUUUAUGGGAUGCAGCACUGAUAUUUGUGUCUAUCAAUGUUUAAAUUGCUCUAUUAAUGUCAGCUGUGAUUUCUAAUGCACAUUUGGGUUCUUUUUAAAUAGGUAAACUACAGCGAUAUCAGAGUCUCUUUCAAGAAAAGGUAUCGAAUAAAGACUGUUGUCAUUAUGUUGUCAGUAUUCUGCUAAGAUUGCUUUUAUCUGUCAUUUUAAAAAUUCACAAGCAAAUGAUGCCGUGUCUUACCAAACAUUUUUGAAUCAUCAUUUUUGAGUCAGGACAGGUGGUAAUAGAGGUUUACCGGUUUUAUACUGUAUGUUAGUCAUGCUCUUGAUUCGUACUUGAAACUUUUGUUAAUGAUUGAUCAUCUUAAAUCACAAUACAGUAUAGCGUGUAUCCUUUAAUGCGCCAGUCCUUACAGUGUUUGCACCCAUGUCAGAACUGACAGAUAAUAAAACAUUAGUUUAGCUGUUGACACCACCUUUAUGCCCCACUCCUACCGCCUCACUUCUCUGAUUGUGAUCAUGUUCAGUCCUCCCAUCCCUUCUAAAUUUGUGCUGUAUGUCAAGCUUAAAGAAGAUGUUCUGGUUCCACUCAUUACAACAACCAACAUCACAAUGGCAGCAGCUUUUAAAAUGGAAUAACUAAGACACGUUCUGUGAAUGAUGUAUGUUUUGUAUUUUGUAUAAACUAUACAGUAAGUGACUAUCUUGUGAAACACAACAAGUAAAAUGACUUAAUACAGUU